CCGUCUGCUCGUGCACAUCCUGCACCAGUUGUUUUUCGUCUCAAUUGAAUUCUAUAAUAUUGAAUUCGGUCAUACUUCCAUUUUAUGUCAGACCAAGCUACCUCUAGUCAAAAUGCCACCAAUACGUCGCAAACCCAAUCGUCUCUUAGGGGACCCGCAAUGCGAGGGUCUUCACUUGAUGCCGAGUCUAAUGGAGCGCAUUUACCCGAACAAGUCAUGGCGAAAAGAUGCCUUGACAUCGUCAAGGACUUCAGAUCAUCCAAAGUCACUAAGUUUGAUGCCAUAUACACCAUCUCAUGUAACGUCAGGGAAAGUUUACCCGGUGACUCAGGCGAAGAUCCCGCUACGGUUGCGGCUAUCUACCUCACCAUGCUUGAUGAAUGGGUAGGGAAUGACAUGGGUAUACCCAUGGAUACCCAUGACAUUGCCUAUGAAUGGGAGUCCGAAGAAGAUCACGCCAGACAGAGAAGGGCUGGAACGGUUAGAGAACGACGUUCGGAUGAACCAACGUCUACCUCACACCGUGAAGAAGUCACUUCUGCACAGACUGUCAGGAGUCGGGAAGCUACCCCUGAACCAGGAGAGCUCACUCGCAAACGAGCAAAGCUCAAUUUCUCAAGCCUGGACCUCAAACCGGAUGUACUUGAGGAGCCGGCUAGACCCAUAUCUGCAAACCUUAAACGAACCAUUCGGAUCCUUCAGAACUGGGCGCAGGAUCAAAAGCAGGCCAAACUCAUGCUCAUGUAUCAUGAACGAAGCCCAGAAUUCUACGAGUCCGGAUGGGCAGAUAUUGUCGCAGGACGAAGCCUUAAUCUUGAUGCAAUCCACACCAUCAUCACAACCUCUCGCUCCGUCGACAAACAUAGAGAGUCCAUUGGAGAUGUCGAGUUCACAUACGGGGUCGCGGAAACAUCUACGAAAAGGAUUGCCACCCAACACCAUUGGAACGCGGCAUGGAACAGAGCGGCUAGAGCCCUCAAGUUCGCUUUCCCUUAUUGA